GGUUUAUUUUGGCUUUUCCCGUUUCCCCAUCGCCGCCAUUAGACUUAGACAGCUCGGCGGUCAGAGAUGGGGAUUAAAAUAAUUUAAACCACAGAAACACGGCCUUGAAUACUGUCUAUUUGGGCUACAAUGUACGGCUAUCGCCGAACUGGGAAGUGCGGAGGAAACGUAAAUAUGGUGCUGUUAGAGAAAUGAGGGUGUAGGGGGAACUCGGUGUGGGACUGGACAGGGUUGGUGCGGAUUGGGUUGCGUUCGGAAAAGGCUGUAAGGCCAGAGGAACAUAUCGGUGCUGCAAAGGACUUGUGGUUGCAAAGAGAAGAGUACAUAAACAGGAAAAGGUGGGUUGCAACUGGAGUUGCAGGACAAGAAACUUGGUCCAUUCUGGCUCCUUUCUCACUGCGACUGCGAUUCUGUGACUUGAAGCACAUUAGUGCCAGUGUGUGAGCGUGUGUGUGUGUGUGUGUGUGUGUGGCCAGUGUGAUCUCCUGCCGCGGGGAAGGGGAAAGUGGUGCGAGGCGGCGCCGGAGCGAGGAUGAGCGAGUCGGCCGUCAAGUGGGCGUGUGAGUACUGCACCUACGAGAACUGGCCGUCCGCCAUCAAGUGCACCAUGUGCCGUGCCCAGAGGCCGGGGGGUCCCAUCAUCACCGAGGAGCCCUACAAGAUCAGCCCGGCACUGGACGCCGGUCACUCGCCCGCCUGGGACCCGCCUGCACUGGUCGGAGUGGGCUCUACCACGACGGGCACCACGCAGGGCGGAGGAGGCUCCAGCCUGCUCAUUUGCCCGGACUCCAGCGCUCGUCCGCGGGUGCGUUUGGCUGACGAGGCUCCCGAGAGCAUCACCAAGUGGUCUUGCCACAUGUGCACCUACCUAAACUGGCCUCGCGCCAUUCGCUGCACGCAGUGUCUCAGUAACAGGCACCAGCAGCAGCAGCAGGGAGGCGCUCAGUCUCCUCCACCCCCUCCACCUCCAGCGCCCCGGGCCAGAAGUCCCGGUGAGACGCCUCAGACCUCCAGCACGCCCGGCGUCCCUCCCCAGCAGCAACCCCUGCAACAGAGGAUCUCCCCAGUCCCCUCCGCCAUCGCCACCACCACCACCACCACCACCACCACCGCCCCCACGACCACCACUACGCCCCAGCAGCCCCCACAAACUCCAGACCCAUGCGAGGAGCGCAACGACCGCAACCGGAUCAACGCCACGCAGCACCACCACCACCACCCCCCCGGCGGCACUGGCCAGCACUGGCCCUGUGCCGCCUGCACUUACGAGAACUGGCCCAAGAGCCGCCGCUGUGCCAUGUGCGACCACCCGCGGCCCAACCACCUCACGCCACCCUCCGGGGGCUCCCCCGAGCCCAGUGAGCCUGGCAGCGGUGGAGUCGGCGUUGGCACCACGGGCAUCGGCGGCACCGCAGGCACCCCCCUCUCAGCCCUCAGCCCGCCACCGCUGACGACCUCCUCGCCCACGGUCAACGAGCAGGACCGCGAGCGCUGGCGGAUAGGUGGCGGCGUGGGCUGCAGUGGCAGCGGGUCCGGCGGCACCAGGCGGGCCUCGCCGCCAUCCUCGGGCCGAACGCCGGAGCCUGAGCUGCGGACGAUGGAGUUCCAGCGCAUCGAGCUGGCGGCCGGCGGGGUAGGGGUGGGCAGCGAGGAGCAGGAGGUGGACUUUAAAAAACUCAAACAGAUCAGGAACCGCAUGAGGAGGACAGACUGGCUCUUCCUCAACGCCUGCGCAGGGGUCGUGGAAGGGGACCUGGCAGCGGUGGAGGCCUACAAGUCGUCGGGCGGAGACAUUGCUCGUCAGCUGACCGCAGACGAGGUACGCCUGCUGAACCGAUCGUCCGCCUUUGACGCUGGCUUCACACUGGUGCACUUGGCCAUCCGCUUCCAGAGGCAGGAUAUGCUGGCUGUCCUCCUCACAGAGGUGUCUCAGCAGGCGGUGAAGUGCAUCCCGGCCAUGGUGUGCCCUGAGCUUACAGAGCAGAUCCGCAGGGAGGUAGCCGCCUCUCUGCACCAGCGCAAGGGAGACUUCUCCUGCUACUUCCUCACGGACCUCAUCACCUUUACACUACCAGCAGACAUCGAAGACCUUCCCCCUACGAUCCAGGAGAAGCUGUUUGAUGAGGUGCUGGACCGCGACGUACAGAGAGAGUUGGAGGAGGAGUCACCCAUCAUUAACUGGUCGAUCGAGCUGGGCACGCGGUUGGACAGCCGGCUGUAUGCACUGUGGAACCGCACGGCAGGGGACUGUCUGCUGGACUCGGUGCUGCAGGCCACCUGGGGCAUCUACGACAAGGACUCGGUGCUGCGCAAGACACUACACGACAGCCUGCAUGACUGCUCACACUGGUUCUACACGCGGUGGAAGGAAUGGGAGUCGUGGUACUCGCAAAGCUUUGGACUACACUUCUCACUACGGGAGGAACAGUGGCAGGAGGACUGGGCUUUCAUCCUCUCACUGGCCAGUCAGCCUGGGGCGAGUCUGGAGCAGACACACAUAUUCGUCCUUGCACACAUUCUCCGCAGGCCUAUUAUAGUCUACGGUGUGAAGUACUACAAGAGUUUCCGUGGCGAAACGCUCGGCUACACGCGUUUCCAAGGGGUGUAUUUGCCUCUGCUAUGGGAGCAGGGCUUCUGUUGGAAGAGCCCCAUUGCCUUGGGUUACACGCGCGGGCACUUCUCUGCACUUGUUGCCAUGGAGAACGAUGGCUACGACAAUCGCGGCGCGGGCGCCAACCUCAACACAGACGACGACGUGACGGUCACCUUCCUGCCUCUGGUGGAUAGCGAGAGGAAGCUCCUGCACAUCCACUUCCUGUCCGCACAAGAGAUGGGGAAUGAGGAGCAGCAGGAGCGUCUCCUGCGUGAGUGGCUGGACUGCUGUGUGACUGAGGGCGGUGUGUUGGUGGCACUCCAGAAGAGCUCGCGCCGCCGCAACCACCCGCUCGUCACCCAGAUGCUGGAGAAGUGGUUGGACGGCUACCGGCAGCUCCGCCCCUGCCCCACCCUCUCCGACGGCGAGGACGAGGAUGACGAUGACGAUGAGUGAAGAAGACGAGGAAGAUCUGAGUGAAUCUGCCUUUUCUCAACAACAAUGACAAAAAUGACAGAGAAAAGCCUGCCUCUCUCUCCUUACAUAAACACUCUUACACAGACGUACAUAAACACAAACACAACCUAAAUAGCAUCCUAAAAACCAGAGACUGUUGACAACCUCUUCUUUGCUGCAGAGCAGGGUAUGGGAUGGUCUGAUAAAUAAAGGAUUCUAGUUUAUGAAUGCUAACAAACUUUCUAGAGUUUUCUGUCUCUCUUUUCCCAACGUGAAAUCUUUACCCAUAAACGUAGUGCAUGUGGCUGUUAUAAAAAGAAGUAAGGAUUAUACCAGCAUUUUAAGCAAAAGCAAAAUGACAAAACCUUUAUACUGGUUUAUAUUGGACAGUUACAAAGCACAUUUUCAAUUAUUUUAUAUCAUUUUCUGGUCAAAACAUAAUUGGCUUUUCUAGAAGGGGAGGAUAACUGAAGUGUACAUAAUGUCUUUGGGCCAUCAAGAAGUUGAGUGGAGAUUGUAAAGUAUAGGGACUUCAUAAAACAGUGCACAUUCAUCACAAAUAAGAUUUAUAUAAAUAGCACCUCAAGUAAAUAUAAUUUAUCUUUUUUUUUUUUAAAGGAGACAAACCCCUCUUCAACCCUGAAUCCUUCAGGGUUGAGCUUCAGUCAUCCAUUUGAUCCUGUAUGUUUACUUUACAAUUUCAAGUUUUGUUUGUGAGAUUUUCAGUGAAAAAAGGAAAUUGCAUUAUUUCUUUCUUUUUAUGUGUGUGUGUGUGUGUGUGUGUGUGUCUGUGUGAUUUUUGUUCUUGUUCUUAUUGAAGAUUUUUUACAGAUGCCUACCUGCUGGAAGGACAGAAACAUGCUUGUAAGCAUCUGUUAGAGUUUACCUGAGUUUGUGUCUAUCAAGUACCUCAUGUGGAUGCUAAAAUUUGGUGCUUUUACUUUGAAGAGGAAGGAAUGUGGGGCUCUGUACAACACUAGUGUCCGUUAGGUCUUGGAGCUUCACUCUUGUCUGUAGCCAUUCACACACAUUUCCUGCAGGUCCUGUUAUUUCUUGUAAAUCACCAAGGUAACUGUUUCUGUGUGAUGUCUGUUGCAUUUCUGUCCACUUGUCAGACAUUUCCCACAUGUGUUUAAAGUAUUUAAAGGUGCAAUGUGUUGCUUCUGUUGUUGAAAGAAAAAAAUGGUAGUUUGUUUACACCUACAGCCAAUGAAAAGAAUGUUUUGCAGACCUUCUGUGCACUCUGUAAAGCUUGUUUUUUUGUUUCUUUUCUGUUUUGUACACUGUAUUUGCAUUUGUUUGGCUCAAAGUUUGGUCCCUUGUAAAUGAAUGCAUAAAACAUUGCCUGAAACAGGAAAACAGAUUUCAUUCAUAGAGUGCAUUGAAGAUGUCAAAACUGUUUUCGACAACGCAAAACAUAUUACUCUUUUAAACAUUUGGGAAAACUAACGUAUUUUGAAAUCUAUUUCAGAUAUCUGAAUUUUAUCUUUUUUUGUUUUCUUUUGUUUUUUGCUUAUGACUGGUUUUAAACUGUCUUGUGUGAUGGGUGUACGUUAAACACUUAAUUUUAACCAAAGUGAUCAUUAACCCAGGUUUGUGGGACAUUUGCUGUGAGAUAGACCCUCUUUGUUUCUCUUUGCCAUGGAUCACAGUACUGUUUUUCAGCCCUCCCUGAUUGUGUGUGUGUGUGUGUGUGUGUGUGUGUGUGUGUGUGUGUGUGUGUGUGUGUCCCUUUCUAGUCAAACAGUUAUAUGGACAUCACUCGUGUUUCUGCUUUGUAUGUAUGCAAUAGAUGCUCUUGUGACUAUGAUGGUAUUUGGGAUUAGAUAAACGGUGGACCUUGUUGGACAGGAGCAUAAAACGAGGACACGACUUAUCAGGAAAAAAAAAGAAAGGCAAAAUGUUUUUGAAUGUCCACUUCUAAAGCCUCUAUAAACCUUUAUCAGAGACCA